ACAGUCUUCUGCUCUCCAGAAUCGCAGCCAAGAAAACAAUUCCCUCUCUUGUCAUGGACUUCAAGGCUGCGACUGCAUUUUUGGCUCUUCUCUUGGUCUCUGCAACACUGACAGAAGGAGCUUCUUUGUCCCGGGUAGGUCUUGAACUUCGGUGUCAAUGUAUAGAAACCUAUUCUAAUCCCAGCCUCCGUGGACACAUUGCAAGUGUCAACUUGAUCAAAAGUGGGCCACAUUGUAGUAGCAUUCAGGUCAUUGCAACUCUUAAGGAUGGCAGACAAGUGUGCUUGGACCCCACUGCACUCUGGGUGAAAAGAGUCAUCACAAAUCUUCUGGAAAAGGCUAAGAAUAAUGCGGAGACACAAUCAUAAGAAAAGCUUCAAAUUAUCUCACUGUUGGCAUCCUUAAAAGAAGCUGAGCCAUUUCCAACAAACCUACAUUUUAAGAAGAGUCUUUUAUAUUAACAACUUUGAAAAAUUAUUUAUUGCAUAAAUUUAUUGAGAGAAAAUCAUUAGAAAUGCAUCUAUCACAUGCAUAAAGGAAAUGUCCUAAUGCAAAGAUAAGAUGGGGAAUAAAGAUUUGGAAAACAAAAGACAUUACUAAAUGCAGUUAAAAUGGAAGUCUCAUGGUGGUUGCAUAAGAUUGCCGUGAGAGUAAAACAAAUUGGUAAUAGUUUCUGUUACCCUUGGGCACAGAGCAACCUAUAGAUUUGCAUAGGUAUUUGAUGAGAGUCAAAGCCAGCCUUGGGCUGUCUAUUGUGAGAAUCAGGUUAGAGUGCCAAUCUAAAAAGGUCCAGGUUGAAAGCCCAGUUUGGCCAUGAAACUCCUGAAAUGCCUUCAUCUAGUCACCUGACAGGAUUGUUGGGAGGCCAAGGGGCAAGAAUCAUAUAUCUUGUGUUGAGCAUUGAAACUUACUAUAUUCGCGAAUGUGCAUUAUUCUCAGAGUGUUUCUACCUUAUUGUUUAUUAAUAUAAGCAUAUGUGAAGUAUUAUUUAUUAUUCUAGAAGAUAUUUAUAUCUGAGCAUUUUAAAAUUAUAAUGUUUAUGUUGAGGGAACCAGAUAUUUCAAAGAGUGUUUAUAGUGAAUUUUUCUGUGAAAAGCUUUUUACCCAGAAGAGGUAUCUGGAACUUUCACAUCCAUAAGAUGAUCAUUUAAGACUUAUUUAUAUAUUUAUUGAACAAUUA